GAGCUUCUGUGUGGUGCCUGGAGUAGAGACAUCGCACUGUGACCUGACUGACCAGUCCGGACCUGAUCUGAACCGCCCCUGGCCCUGACUGCGCCCUGCCAACAGCACAAACACCAUGCUCCAGUGAUGCCUGUGAGCUGAUUUUGGUGCCCUCCUGCUCUGAACACGGAUCCUCAUCAUCAUCAUCCAAAACUGUACCCUGGCUGGACAGUUGUGUACUUAGCCGCUGUUGGUGCAGGAACCCACCCUCCGAGCUACUUGUAAAUGACUGGCCUGAUAACCGUGGGAAUGAUCCCUCUUCCUCCUGUGCCAUAUCGUCAUCCAUCAUCGUCCAAGGCGUAGAAGAGGUUUGUAAUAAAGAAUGGAGUUUGUGUCUACUUCAUACAACCGCCCUUAUGACAACUUUGAUGCAAGGAAAUAUUUAGACAGGUUCUAUUGCAUGGACCCCGAAACCCUGGAAAUCUAUAAAGACUUAAAGUUUUUGCUGACGUUUCAUAGUAAUGUAUUUUCUUCAGGUCAUGUGAAAGGUCAUAGCCUCAUCGAGAUUGGUGCUGGUCCCUGCAUACUUUUUGCACUGUCUGCAUGUGAAGUUUUUGAAAAGAUCUAUCUGACUGAUUAUUUCCAAGGCAACCUAGAUGAAAUUAAGAAAUGGCUAAAUAGUGAAAAUGAUGCUUUCGAUUGGUCUCCCUACUCAAAAUUUGUGUGUGACCUCGAAAACAAUGGAUCAAUCCCUAGUGGGAAGGAAGAGAAGAUAAGAAGAAUGGUCUCUCUAAUGAAGUCUGAUGUCACCAUGAACAACCCACUACAUCCCAGUUCCCUGCCUUUAACAGACUGUGUAAUGGUUUCCAGUUGCCUUUCAAGUGCUUGCAAAACUUUUACAGACUUUAAAAUUGUUCUUAAGAACGUUGUAUCUCUGCUGAAACCAGGAGGACAUCUGAUUCUUAGUGAUUACUUAGGAGCUUCAUAUUACUGGGUAGGAGAGGCAAAGCUUCCACUUUUGUCAAUUGAUGAACACGUUGUCAGGGAAGCAGUGGUGGAGAGCGGGUGCAAAAUUGAAGAGUUUCAAAUGUUUAAAGAGUUUGAUAUUCCAGAGGAGGUAUUUGAUUGUAAAAUUGUUUUCUGUCUUCUUGCCCAAAAACUUUAAGGCAUAGGGAAGAAUUUUACGAUGAAAUUUGGUGUCUACUUACCAUAUUUAUGCGUACCUCACAUGGAUCCAGAGAUCUCCACAUUCAUUGCAUCCAUUGUUCUACUAGAUUUAUUUCAGGUUAGCAGCUCAGGGCAUGUUUCCUUUCCGUUGCAGCUCUCCCUGUAACUACUACAUUUUCUAAGAUAGGAUAUGAUUGGUGAAAAUUGAAGAUUUAAACUGAGUGUGACCACCACAGUGAGGUUGACAGGAAAUAAAGAAAAGUACAAACAUCAGGUGGCGCGAUACAGAUACAUUUUAUUGAAUAGCUCAGUGGUUAUACUACGUUUAAUUACAUGGAAUUAUAAAAAUAUUCAGAUGCAGGUGUUUAUCAAAAAUGUAGAAUAUUUAUCCUGGCAUAACCGCUUUAAGUGAGCAGAGCGGUGCACCAACUACAUUUAUAUGGACAUAUAAUCCACAAGUGACACUUUCAGGAGCUUUUUUUCCCCAUUUUAUUGUGACAGUGAGGGUGCGACCACACGGUACGGUCGUAAUCCAGUCUGGUCAUGGUCAGCUGCGGCUAAGGACCAGGCGGCCAAUUAGGCCGCAGCUGCCUGCUAUUUAACUAAUUAGGACUGUACUGUAUAGGCGGUCUGAAUUAUUAAUGGCUGCAUGGUAUUGAAGGUGCUGCACGGCUAUUAAGGAUUCAGACGGCCUAUACAGUGCUGUCUUUAUUAAUUAAACAUAAGGCACCUAUGGCCUAAUUAGCCGCACGAUGCUUGAUCGCAGCUGGCUGUGACCCGAACGAAUCACGAACAGACUGUGUGGUCGUACCCUAAUUUGUCAAAUUUUGUAACUCUAUUCCUAACCACAUGGUGGGCUGUUGAUUGGUAAAGGUAGUUUAUAGUGCCGAAAUGUCGCACU